AUGGAAUAGGACAGCGUUUCUAUUUUAUGUGAAUAGUAGGAGAGAAAAAUAAAAGUAAUCUUGAUUGGAGAUCAGUCUGUGGGUAAAAGUAAAUUAAUGGAGUGUCUGCUGAAUAUUGAAUCUAAAGUUAACGAUAAAUAAAUUUAAUCUGUAGAUUUCUUUAUAUCAAGAAUUAUGUUACCUAAUAAGAUUACAUAAAAGAUUCAUGUUUGGAUUACUUCUGGAGAAAUAAAGAACAUUGCCAUGAUAAGAGCAUUUCUACUUUAGAGCAACAUCUACAUUAUAGCCUUCUCUUUAAAUAACAUGGUGACCCUAGAGAAUGCUUUGAAUACAUGGUUUUAAUUAUGUGUUAAGAAUGCCAAAUAAACAAAUGCGUAUUAUUAUUUCUUAGGAACCAUGGGAGAUUUAGAAAGAAAAUGUCCUAAAUACAAUGAAAUAAUUAAUUAAAUAAAUGAAAAAUGCGCAGAAUACAAAGUAGCAGUAUUUGGUUCAAAAAAUGCACAUCCGGUUAGUGGAAUUCGUUAAUCAGAAAAAUGGAAUGAUGAUCAUAUUAUAGAGUUUGCGACUAAACGACUUCCUCAGAAUGUCUAUUAUUCUGAAUGUUCAGCAACUGAAAAUUUAGGAAUGGAUCGAAGCAUGAGUAUAUUUACUAAAUUGAUAAUGUCUGCAAUGGAUAUGUAGGAUAAAUUAAAUGGAAUAGUUAAGGUUACAGAAUAACCAACAACUGCAAAACCUUAAUUGCAAUCUACUUAAGAUAAGAGGCCUUCUGCAAAGAUUGAAAUUCGAUAAUAACCUUAAGAACAGUAAGAAAAGAUGUGUUGCAAAAUAUUUUGA